AUGUCCAGGCAGUCCAGCAUCACCUUCCAGACCGGCAGCCGUAGGGGCUUCAGCACGGCCUCAGCCACCACUCCUGCCACCGGCCGCUCCCGCUUCAGCUCGGUCUCUGUGGCCCGCUCCACGGGAGGCAGUGCGGGGCUUGGAAGGAUGAGCAGCGCUGGGGCCGGCUUCGGGAGCCGCAGCCUCUACAACCUGGGGGGCACCAGGCGGGUCUCCAUCGGGGGUUGCAGCGGCAGCUUCCGGAGUGGCUUUGGCGGCAGGGCCAGCAGUGGGUUUGGGGUCAGCAGUGGGUUUGGCUAUGGGAGCGGAGUUGGAGGAGGCUACGGGGCCUCCAGCUUCCCGGUCUGCCCGGCUGGAGGCAUCCAAGAGGUCACAGUCAACCAGAGUCUCCUGACUCCCCUCAACCUACAAAUCGACCCCUCCAUCCAGAGGGUGCGGAAAGAGGAACGCGAGCAGAUCAAGACCCUCAACAACAAGUUCGCUUCCUUCAUCGACAAGGUGCGGUUUCUGGAGCAGCAGAACAAGGUCUUGGAGACCAAGUGGGAGCUCCUUCAAGAGCAGGGCUCCAAGACAGUGAGGCAGAACCUGGAGCCCUUCUUUGACGCCUACAUCAAUGACCUCCGCCGGCAGCUGGACAGCGUCACCACUGAGAGGGGCAGACUGGACGCUGAGCUGAGGAAUAUGCAGGAUAUCGUGGAAGAUUUCAAAGUCAGGUAUGAGGAUGAAAUUAACAAGCGCACCGUUGCAGAGAAUGAGUUUGUGGCCCUGAAGAAGGACGUGGACUCAGCCUACAUGAACAAGGUGGAACUGGAGGCCAAGGUCAACUCUCUGACAGAUGAGAUCAACUUCUUACGGAUGUUCUUUGAGGCAGAGCUGUCCCAGAUGCAGACCCAGGUCAGUGACACAUCUGUGGUCCUGUCCAUGGACAACAACCGCAGCCUUGACCUGGACAGUAUCAUCGCUGAGGUCAAGGCCCAGUAUGAGGACAUCGCUAACCGCAGCAGGGCCGAGGCUGAGUCCUGGUACCAGACCAAGUACGAGGAGCUUCAGGUCACUGCCGGCCGGCACGGGGAUGAUCUCCGAAACACCAAGCAAGAGAUCUCGGAGAUGAACCGGGUGAUCCAGAGGCUGAGAGCUGAAAUUGACAGUGUCAAGAAGCAGUGUUCCAGCCUGCAAACGGCCAUUGCUGAUGCAGAACAGCGUGGAGAGCUGGCCCUCAAGGAUGCACGAGCCAAGCUAGUAGAACUGGAGGAGGCCCUGCAGAAGGCUAAGCAGGACAUGGCCCGGCUGCUGAGGGAGUACCAGGAGCUCAUGAACGUGAAGCUGGCCCUGGACGUAGAGAUCGCCACCUACCGCAAGCUGUUGGAGGGCGAGGAGUGCAGGCUGAGUGGAGAAGGUGUUUCUCCAGUUAACAUCUCUGUGGUCACCUCCACUGUUUCCAGCGGCUACAGCGGUGGCAGCAGCACUGGAGGUGGAAGCCUGGGUCUCGGUGGGGGCAGCGGCUACUCCUUCACCACCAGCACCGGGCACAACCUGGGUGCAGGCCUGGGCAGCUCCAGCUUCAGUGCCAGUAGCAGCCGGGGCCUCGGGGGCAGUGGCUCCAGUGGUGUUCCCUGUGAUGAUUAG